UUGAUAGCUGCAAGUCUCUGUAUGAAGUGUCAUGGGACCACCGCUGCGCUGCCAGCUCAAGUGCAAAAUCUGAAGCAAGCCUGAGCAUGAGCUGUUGCUAAGUGCGAGGGUCUCUCGUCUCAAUCUUUUUUUUUUUUUUUUUGGUUCUAUGAGAGUAAGAGAGCGAUUGAGCUUGAAGCUGUCCGUGUGAUUAGCUUUGGCACAGUUUUUUUGGCACAAUCACAAAAUAUUUUGUGGCCGGGCAACUCUUGCGCACGCUAAUAUUAAACCUCGAUGGGGGUGGCAGGGUGCCUUGUUAAUUUGUUAGUCUUCUACAAACUCAAGGUAGGUCAGGAGAUAAGAAAUUAGGGGAUAUAAGGACAAGUCACAAGUCGUGCCAUCAACAUAUGAAGUAUACAUUUCAGGCCAGCAUUGUGUGUAGAGACAUGCUUGCCUCGAUCUGUACUUUGGAGAAGUGCUUGGCCUCUUCUUCUUCUUCUUCUUCUUCUUCUUCUUCUUCUUCUUCUUCGGUGGUCGUGAUCUUUGUCAAAGCGUUGCUGACUCUUUCUGGAUAGCGAACGAUCUGAUUUAUAAGGGAACAUCCUAUGUGCAUGUCUGUGGAAAUGGUCUCUAUUUUUUACUCGAGGAACAUGGCAAGAUGCUAUUGUUAGUCAUCUACAUUUCAACUCUACAAAGUACACACGUAGCCUUUUUUUUCUGAAGAACGGGGAGGAGCGGGGGGGGUGGGGGGCGGGGGCGGCCGCUUGAGGAAGAGGAAGGGUUAGAUUUUGAAAGGAGGGAGGGGAGAAAAGGAGGUCCUUUUUUUGCCGGUGUAUGGUCUCCUGGCGAUCUACUUGUGGCAGUGUCAUUUUCGUUUAGUUUGCACACGCCGCGGAGCAAUGGUUGCCUUUUCAACUGUUGUAUCUGGUCCGGCUAUGGCGUCUUCUUCCUCUUGUUGUUCCUCCUCCUCGUCCAUCUUAGCACAGAUGAAUCGGCUAGUUAAACGUGCUAGCACGUGGGAUGUUCUUGUUGCCCGCGAUGUCUAUUCUAUCACUCCAACUUCUGCCGCUGUUGGUGGUGCGCAUAAUCCCUUCCUUCCUCAGCGACCUCUGUCUCUGCAGCCGUUGUUGACCUCUUCUUCCUCCUCCUCUUCCCCCUCUGUCUCCUCUGUCUCCUCUCUCUCCUCCUCCUCCUCCCCCUCCUCGUCUCCUAGGCUUUGUUUUAGAAAACAGUGUGAACGUGCAGCGGUUCCUCGCCGAUGGAGGCGUGCCUCACAGGGUGCUGCUGCUGCUGCCGGUGUGCAUAUUUUUAAAUCGACAGCGAGAGGUGAUCCUUGCGCGAGUACGAACGUACGAGAUCGCGGACGUGUGCGAUGGAUUCAUCAGCAGCAUCUGCGGUGGAAGUUGUACCAUCGACUGGAGCAGCAGCGGCCAUGUCAGUGUCAGAAAGGAACGUCUGCAUUCUGUGGCCGAAUACGCCCGUGUUCUGAGCGGAAGUCUGUCCGCUCUGCUUAUCCCGGACAGUCGAGCGGAGAAAACUCGUUAUCAGCUGUGCCAGCAGUGGGUGCAGGUGCGGGGAAAGGUCCACUCACUUCACCAUCCUCCUCUUCCUGCACUCCCUCCUCCUCCUCCUCCUCCUCCUCCUCCUCCUCCUCCUCCUCCUCCUCCUCCUCAUCAUCAUUAUUAACAUCAUUAUUAUCCUUGCGGUUGUUCAAUUGUGUAAGAGAGAACACAGAGGAGAAGGGCGGGUUUUUGCCGCGCGUAACGUGGCAGCGGAGAAGGAAACGGCGAGGGACCUGCAGCGGUGCAAUUACUCCUCUGUUUGGGCUGGGAGCUGCCAUAGCUGGGCUGAAUCUUGAAGGCCCCGAGUCUGUUUUGGAGGCGAUUGCCGUGCUCGCGCUCAUCGUAGCGGUCCACGAGUGUGGUCAUUUCCUAGCCGCACGGUGGCAGAAUAUCCACGUGACAAAAUUUGCGGUGGGCUUCGGUCCGAAGCUCUUUAGCGUGACCCAUGACAGAGUCGAGUACUCUCUGCGCGCAUUCCCUCUUGGGGGUUUUGUUGGCUUCCCUGACGACGACCCCAGCAGCAAGUACUCAUCCGACGACCCAGAUCUUCUGAAGAACCGACCCGUCCUUGACCGCGCUCUUGUCAUUAGCGCUGGUGUGAUCGCCAAUGUUAUCUUCGCCUUCACCCUAUUGUUUGCGCAAAUCUCGACAAUAGGGUUAACCGAGGAGACCUUCUUUCCGGGUGUCAUCGUCGCCGACGUUCUUGAGCAGUCGGCAGCGGAGCGAGGAGGGCUCAGAAAGGGAGAUAUCAUCAUGUAUAGCGACGAUAUGGAGCUUCCUGCUGAUGCCUCAGCGGUUCCACAAUUUGUCCAAACAAUUAAGAAGGAUAGAGGGGGUAGCCCGGUGCACGUGGUUGUGCGAAGGGGGGGCCAGCAAUCUGUAGGGGUAAGGGGGCAAUCUGAUUCCGGUAAGCCGACGCUGCUUGCUCUAGACAUUUAUCCGGAUCGUAAUCCGGACGGAUCGGGUAAAAUAGGCAUACAGCUGGCGGGAAACGCGAUCUUCGCCAAACGGACUGGUAAAAAUCCGAUCGACUCGGCGAUUUUGGCUGCGAAAGAGUGUGGCCGACUGACGGGCCUAGUUCUCGAUGGACUUAGUCAGAUUGUCUUCCAGUUCAGCAAAACUGUGGACAAGGUUUCCGGUCCAGUCGCGAUCGUUGCGGUCGGCGCAGAAGUCGCAAGGGAGGACGCGGGCGGUCUUCUGCAAUUUGCAGCCCUCAUCAACCUUAACUUGGCUGUGAUCAACACACUCCCUCUCCCAGCUCUGGAUGGGGGGUACAUGGCCUUUCUAAUAUUGGAGAAGCUUAGGGGGGGGAAGAAAUUGCCGGAAGGGGUCGAAAAGGGAAUAAUGUCGUCGGGAAUUUUAUUACUUAUGGCAGUAGGACUUGCGCUAAUUGUCCGCGACACUAUCAACUUGGCCGUCCUCCCAGGCAGUUAAAAGUUAAAUGCAAAAGCAGCCUAGCUCCCUUAAUUAAGCUAGCUAGAGGGGUCUGGAGAGGUAUGGAGGCUUCGGAGGGGUCUGGAUCUGCGUGUUUUUUACAUUAGUCGAUAUGUAUUUGUCAUCGGAAGAAUAUUCAGGAAUCUACUUUUCAAUUUUUCACAUGGAUUGAAUUUUUAACUUUUACAAGUUUUAUUUAUUAUAUUUAAUAUAUUAGAAAAAAUAUUAUAUUAUGAAUGGGUGUGCAUGUGGUGUACUUUAAGUCUUAUCUUGUUCUGUCAUCUGAUUCCAUCUCGACUCGGACAUUGGCCCCGGUCUGUAUUUCAACAGUUGAUGGGUGUACCAACUGAGCUACGCCCGUUGGCGUGUGGGAUUUACUGUAAAUCUUGUGGAUCCAGCU